GUACGUGAUUAAUUUAUGAUAUUAUUGAUAAUACGCUAUCUACAGCCAGUAGGUACCGAUCAGUGAACAAAGGUAUUGGCUGUCUUCGUUUAGAAAAUUUAGUGUGUUUUGGUGUGAACAAAAGUUAAACAACUCAACCUAGGAUGUAUUCAAAGUUCCCGUUCCCCGUGUCGAUGGAGAACCUGCCUCGGCCGCGGCGCUCGUUCGGCUGCUUCUCGCUCAAGCUGGGCUGCGUGCUCACGGCGCUCAUACUCAUUCUAUACUCAAUCUUCGUGCUAGCGCACUGCGGGCGCGCGCUGUCCGCCCUGCCGGGCGCCUCGCCCGACGCCCCCGCCCCCCUCCUGCGGCUGGGGUCCGUGGUCUACACGGCCGUGCACUCGCUCGUCACGCUGUUCUUGUCUACUCUGAUGAUGAUUGGAGCUUUAAGGGAGACCCCCUCCCUGAUGCGUCCGUGGCUGGUGUGGGUGUCGGUGCAGGUGGUGGCCAUUCUGCUGCUCUUCAUCACGUACGUUGCCAGCGGAGCCCUGCCGGUCAGCCGGGACCUGCUGGGCUACUACCUGCUGCAGGGGACUGUGUUCAUGAUCCGAGUCUACAUGUUGGUGCUGGUGGGUAGCUACUACCGACAGCUGGAAGAGGAGCAGGACCAGACGGAGCGGCUGAGGUCGCUGCUAGACAAGGACUUCGCCAUGACGCACUAUUGCUAGCCGGUGAAGUGCUGGCGUAGCGCCACCGCACUUUAGCAAUCAACCAUCUUUCCAAUGCUCAUACGUGAAAACUGUCAUAAUGUGUAUGUAUGGACAAAAUGCUGCAGCAUGGUUCGUUGAUGGCUAAUGUGUUGGUGGAGGUAGCCAGCUGAUCUGGCGGUAGCUUGGAUCGCAUUAAGUUUGGAAACAAAAGUAGACUGAAAGAAGUUGGGAUAGGGCUUUAAGUUCGUUGUAUAAUUUGUAUAUAUAUUAUAGUAAUAAUAUUACAAUAUAUGUAUACUGUGUUUGUAUUACUUUGUAUUAAACUUUUUUAUUACUUA